AUGUAUGGAGGUGCUAUAGCUUCUGAUAAUAAACUUGAUUCUAAAUUUUAAAAUAUUUAAUUAACAUUUUCGUCAUUUAUGAAUAACUAAGCUCUUAUUGGUAGUGUUUUAUUUUAAAUGCAAAACCUCCCUAUUAGCAGGAUAUUCUAAAAUACAUUGUUAAAUAAUUUUGCAAAAUUAUAUGGAAACUAGUUAGAAUAAUCUGCUGUAGGAUUUAUUGGAAUUUUAAAUGGUCAAAAAUAUAAUUCUAAAAUUGUAAUUUAUAAUUUUCUAAGCGGAAUAAUUCAAGAUGAUUUGUUAAUUUAACUUAUAAAUGCUGAAAAUUACCCAAUUUCAUAAUUAAAAAAUGACAUAAUUCUUAAAUUAGAAACAGACUAGGAAGAUUUUUCAAUUUUUCCUUCAUAGAUAAAAUAAAAUAAUGGCUUAUUUAAUUUAUCUAAUUUAUCCAUCUAUGGAAAGUUGGGGUCAUAGCUAAAAAUUAGACUUACUUCUGAUUUUAACUACAUCCCUAAUUAUGACUUAUAGGGAAAUUUUCUUAAUAUUUCUUAGAAUAUUUAUUUUGAAAUACAUUUUUAGUUCAGAAAAUUAUGUCCUAAGGGUACAACUCUUGUCUAAGAUAAUAGCAAAAAGGAUAUGUGCUAUAAUUGCCCCGCUGGUACAUUUAAUUUAGUUGAUGGAUAAAAUUGUAUCAAAUGUCCUUUUGUUUGUUAGAACUCAAUAAUGUAUUUACCAAGAGGAUAUUGGAGAUAUUCUUUAACAACAUAUGAAUAUUAAGAAUGCUAUUUAUCAUAAAAUUGUGUUGGAGAUAUUGAUAAAAUAGUAUCUCAAAAAUUAUAGGGCAGUACAAAUAGAUAUUGUAGUGAAGGAAAUAUUGGAGUAUUUUGCAUGGAUUGUGACAUAGAAGGAAUAUACUGGGAAAACAGAUACUAAUAAAUAACUCCUUAUACAUGCUAAACUCUUACUAAGUUUAAUUAAUCCAUUUAUCAAUGUACUACCAAUAUUCUUAUAGUAAUUUAUAUUUGA